AUGGCGCAAAUCGUCAGAGUCAUCACGCUUCUCGCUCUCGUCUCGUUCUGCGCCGCUGUAGUGGUGGACGGUAAUGCCGAUUUGAUCAAGGCUAAGGAGGCGCUCAAGAAGUGGGGCGAGUACAACACGUACAUGACCCUCCUCCAAUCAUCUGGUUUCGAGCCCAUCCUCGCGCGGUACAUUCAGACGCAGCCCGUAACCCUCCUGGUCCCCAACGACAAGGCCUUCGCCACCCUCCCCAUGCGCGUCAAGGCACAGCUUUCCGGCUCCAAGCUCAUCAAGCUUCUCGAGUUUCAGAUGAUUCUCCAAAAGCUUCCCUCCGGAUUCCUCAAGAUGGCCCAGCCCGGCUCGAAGUUCCGUACCGUGUACGGCGUAACGCUCGUGAAGCAAAAAGCCGCGCUCAAGAACACCGUGAUUCUCGGCGCUCCUGGCGCGACGAUGCCGUCGCAGAUGGCAGUGGUAACCCGAGGCGACAUGGCGGCGGCGAAGCUGAUGCUGCUGUGCCUACACGGCACCAACAACGUCAUUCUCCCUCCCAACGUCUUCUUCUAG